AUGGCAAAUCGGGGAGUCAAGAGAAACUUUGACACAGUGGACCCCAGCAGCGACACCACCACCGACAACAACAUGCGCAUGAUGCGCGAGCCCAAUCCAAGCCCAACAACAGCACCCGCCUCGGAGCCUCGCUUCUAUCCAACGACGAAUGAUCCCACAACCGGUGGCGAUAUGUCACGGGCUGCCAGACCAUCCGCCAACCAGGGCAUUCCCACCAUCACUUCCCCCGCCCAACACGAUCCGACUCCAUCAGAUCAAGCUACGCCCAACGCCAACACAGGUGUUCCCGACGCCAACGCAACUACACCUCGCGCCGCGUACCACCGCCGCCAAGCCGCAGCCACUGUACAACGCAUCGUCCUCGAGGAAUCAGUAGCGCUCACCGAACAAAUUGCCGAAACUUUGACAGAGCGCGAGCUCAGGCAGAUUCUGCGCACGUGCAUAAUCAGGCAGGCUUCUGGAAUCCCGCAGAGGGCUAUGAUCAAGUAUCUUAUUAGAAAGCUUGCGCUGAUGAAGAUGGUCAAUCACCCAGACUUUCCGGAGUGGUUUGAGAGGUUCCAGCGAGGGGAAAUGGACGUUGAAAGUGGGGCGGAGGCUGAUGAUGAGAUGGAGGAGGGUGAUGAGUAUAUGGGAGAGGCUGAAGAGGUGUGGGAUACGGAUGAGGGAGAGGCUAGAGAGGAUAUGGCAGAGGCUGGAGAGAAGAUGGAUGCGGAGGAGGGAGAGGCUGGCGAGAAUAUGGGAGAGGCUGGAGAGAUGGACACGGAGGAGACAGAAGAGGCUGGGGAGGAGAUGGACACGGAAAGUUAG